ACCCCUUUCCCACACCCGGUCACCCGGGGCAACGGCUUGGUUUGCAAAAAAACACUCGAUUUUUUUACCCCGCACGUGGUACGGGGCUGGCACAGACCUCCUGCACCGCAGCUCUACCAGAAAACGUAGUUGCUCGGCGUCGCACACGGCUUUCUUUUUAUUUUUACCGCUUUACCGAGAAACGCCGAGCGCCCGAGGCAAGUCUUUGUUCGAUCUGUGCUCGUGACGCUAGUCGUCACUGGCGAAGGUGCGUUCUUGUCGCCAUAGUCGCCGUCGAUUCAAAACUAGGAAGGAAAGAAUCGAAGAGAGUCAAUUUGCGCGCUUUGGUAUCGACGUCGGCACGGUACCGUAGGUGUUGGCAAGAAGUGGCCGCGCGCAGACCCAGGAUAUCGACUCGAGCGGCAACGAGUGAAAGCGCUUUUGUGACCUGCGGCUGCUUCCAGUGGAAUGGAACGCCUGACGCUGCUCCACGCAGCGUACGCCUUUCUGAGUGAGGCAGUGACCGUGGUGGUGUUGCCAGACUGUCGACGUGUGGGACGCAGUGCAUGCUGAAGAAGAAGCGACACACCAAGCUCCUUCGUGACCAAGUGGUGCGUCGAACCGGAACUCACGACUUGUGUUCGUGCCACUCGCGUCUGUGUUUAGGUUCCUCUGUGGCGUCCUUCUGUGUAGGAAGGUGCCGGGAAAAGAACCUGUGAGAAAUUGCUGGAACCCCCCAUCGGGCAGAAUGCUUCUUCGUUCAAUGUGGAGUGCCCUUGAUGAGUAGGGAACCUGGAACACACCUGUUCUUAUCUCACCAUCUUUCUUAAACAUUUGAAGAAUAUGAGGUCGAAGUAGCUGAAGAUGACUACAACCCAAUCUGCAAGGGCUUCAGGGACUACGAACCCCAAGUGAAAUCAGCGUAACUCCAAAGCUGUUGUUUGUCAAGGACCGGAAGAAUUCGCAACAAUGGUGACCCGCAGUGAUUUACCAGUGUGGUCAAGAGCUUUCAGCAGCACAGAGUGGCCCGCAGCGCCACCUGGGAGUGCGGAUGAAGACAAGGCCCCUUCGUCACCACCUACAACUCAGCGCCAGAAAAAGCUGGAGCGCCAGCGCCAGCUGCUGGAAGAGAAGCAGCGCCACAAGCGGCAGAGUCAGGGACUACUGCAGGCAUCCGAUGCUCGGCGCCCGCAGUCCAACACGGUGCUGCGAAGCCGACUCAGAAAAGACGAGUCGCGCCCCCUGAUGGCCGGUAUCAGCAUAGACAGGCCUGUUCAAGACGUCGUCAGCUGCUAUGAUGGCCCGAUGCUCUUCUCGAGCACCGAUAACCUGGACGCACCGGUGGGCGACAGCGUCAGGGACGCCGUUGUGCAGGACGACGUCGACGGAGAGAAUCCCGUGGCCAUUGCCCUCAACAGCAGCCCGAUUCCGCCAUCCCCUGAUGUGCAGAGGAAACUCAGGCAGAUGGACCUCAGCGACGACCUGACGAGCAUCAACGGCGACGAGGACCUGGAGAGCACGCCUGUGACGUCAGAGUCGGUCUCGAAUCGAGCCCUUUCGGCGCGAGUUCCGGACACUCCAACGGACUGUACCGACACCAUCGCCCAGGUGGAAGACGUGAGUGGGGGCGAAGGGAAGAAGACGCAGCCGGCCAUGUCGGUGCCCGUGAUGGACUUGGGUCCCCUGGCCGACCUGCUGGACCAGGGCCAGAUGGAGGAGUUCUCCAUGGCACCCUGUCCGCAGGGCACCACCAUCCGUUGCCGCAUCACGCGAGACAAGAAGGGCGUCGACAAGGGACUGUACCCGACCUACUACCUACACCUCGAGAAGGAGGAUAGCCGAAAGGUAUUUCUGCUGGCCGCCCGCAAGCGCAAGAAGAGCGCCACGUCCAACUACCUGAUCUCCGUGGACCCGACGGACUUGUCCCGAGGCGGCGAGUCCUUCGUCGGCAAGCUGCGUUCCAACCUGCUCGGCACCGCCUUCACCAUCUACGACUGCGCCGAGGGGCCCCGGCAGAACACGGAGAAGCGGUCGGUCCGCUCCGAGAUCGGAGCCGUGGUCUACGAGACAAACGUCCUUGGCUUCAAAGGACCCAGGAAGAUGACUGUGAUAUUGCCAGCCAUGAGCAAAGACCACAAGAGGAUUGAGCUGAAGCCAUCUUUCGAACACGGCGGCCUGUUGGAGCGGUGGAAGAGCCGGAAUAUGGAAAACCUCCUCGAACUCCGCAACAAAACGCCAGUCUGGAAUGACGACACACAGUCCUACGUCCUGAACUUUCACGGCCGGGUGACGCAAGCGUCUGUCAAGAAUUUCCAAAUAGUCCACGAAAACGACGCUGACUACAUCGUGAUGCAGUUUGGCAGAGUGACCGAAGAGUGCUUCAGUAUGGACUACUGCUACCCACUGUGUGCUCUGCAGGCGUUCGCCAUCGCCCUGUCCAGCUUCGACAGCAAGCUGGCCUGCGAAUGACCGUUACUGCAGUCGCCUAAAGACAUUGCCCUGCUGCGCGGCAAUCGAAAAUGGCGGCGCACUGUG